AUGGAUUUAUCGGAAGAUCAGUAUAAUUGGCUUAUGAUAUGGUACAAGAUAGCUACUCGUGAGGGUGUCCUUCCGCCAAUGACCAAAGUGCAAAACGGUCGAACGAACAACGAACCAUUCGACGCAACUCUGAAUGAUGCCUACUAUUUGCAAAAUGAUUCUACGUCACGUGGAAUGGAUCUUGUUCCGCAUGCGAGUAUGUCUUGCAGUGAAGAGCAGGAUUACGAGUCCGGUGCAGAGCAGGAUUACGAGUCCGGUGCAGAGCAGGAUUACGAGUCCGGUGCAGAGCAGGAUUACGAGUCCAGCCCGGAGCAGGAUUACGAGUCCAGUGCGGAGAAGGAUUACGAAUUCGUUGCGGAGCAGGACCCCGAGUACAUUGCGGAGCAGGAAUCCAGACCGGAGGAGGUAUACGAGUCAAGUACAGAGCAUGGAUACAGGACAAGUCCAGAGCAGAUCUACAGGUCAAUUCCGGAACAGAUUUAUAGGCCAGGUGAGGCGCAGGUUCACGACGUAAGUGCGGGGCACGUCUACGGUUUGCACGAGUCAAGUGAAGAGCAGGUCUACGGUACAAGCGCGGGGCAAGUCUACCAUUCAUACGAUUCAAGCGAGGAGCAGGUCCACGGAAUAAGUGCGCGACAUGUUUACGGUUCAUAUGACUCAAGCAUGAAGCAAGUCUAUGGGACAAACACGGAGCAGUUUUACAGGCCAAGCGCGGAUCACGAGUACGGGCCAAACGCGGUGCAGCGUUACAGAUCAAGUGCAGAGCGAGUACACCCAAUAAAUUCUGAACAAAUCUACAAUUUGAAUACGACUUCUGAGGAAUGGCAACCGAUGUUCGAAUAUUAUUCUAAAGGAAAAUUUGGACCCACUGAUAAAGGCAAAAUCGUUCCAGUCGUUUCGGUCCGUCCUUCAAACGACGGCGGCGUUGGUCAGAUCGUUUCCUCGGUAUAUUCUCGAGACCAUGACGAUUCUAUCUAUGAAACAUUGGAUUCGAUGUCAUCGCGGAUCCCAUACAAGGUAUCUUCUACGAACAAUAGUCGCACUCUCGUUCAAAAUCCCUCAACCGCUCGUUCCCCUUUUCUUGCGCCAGCGAUUGAACACGAGAGCUCUUAUGACUCGACUCAACGAUAUCCACAAUUUGCUACUCAGAUGGAGACAUUCGUUCAAAAUAGCAGCGCAUAUAAUUACCGUCAUCAAAGUUGUUCUUCUUCGAACAAUUGUCUGUCUCAGGAUGUACGUGGUCGAUCAUCGAGCAAUGUCAACCAGUAUGUUACCGAUCUUUUGAACCUCGACCUCAUUGAUAAUGUGGACAGUUCAAACAACAAUGAAUCUAUGACAAUGUUCAGUGUUCCAUCUCAUAUAUUGGCUGAGAUAGAUGACCUUGUCCGUCGUGAUGUUUUUUCUACCGACAAGUAG